AUGCUCAGACACCCGGACCGGACUAAGCCGUUUGUGAUCAUCCCGCAUGCAAAUCAGUGGGUGGCAUGUGCUGUCCUCGGACAGGAGUAUGAUGGCGUGAUCCAACCUCAAAGGGACGAGGACGGAUUGGCCGCCAUCCUGGGUGCGGGUAUCACGCCCAGAGAGCAUCUAGAUGAAGUGGCCGAAUCGCUGAUCCCGGCCAAGGGGCGAGUGAAGGCGCCGCCUGUGCUUCCCGAAUGGACUGUCAUCGAGGCUCGCGGCUACACCCUGGAUGGAGUGACAGUCAACGCGGAGUACUAUGGACUACUGAAAGGCAUGACCAUGGCGCUCCAGCGGGACAUCGCGGACCUGGUGGUCGUGGGUGACUCAAGGAUCGUCAUUCAGCAGGUACAAGGACUCAUCAACUGCAACCAGCCUCCCCUGCAGCGGAGGCUCGCCGAAUGUCAUGUGCUCAAGGAGAAAUUCAGGACAGUCGGACUGGUACACGUCAAGCGUGAAUACAACCAGGCCGCGGACUACUUGACCUCCAAGAUACUGGCCGUGGGCGAAGAUUGCGCGAUUCAGGAUGACGAGGAGCGGCAGCACUUGGAAGUGGUGUCCAAGAUCCGAGAGCAAUUGGUGAAGACGAUUACUGCUGACCCAGAUGAACAACCCACAGAUUCGGGAAGUCCUUCUGACUCCACUCCCGGAAUGUCUGCUGAAGUGGAUCCGGGCCCCGGCCCGGAAUCUGCCCCGCUCACGGAGGGAGCCCGGGUAAUGGCGGUGCUGACAAGGACUCAGGCAGGACGCACGCAGGACGAGCCCCCACCCAUGGGGCCCUUGGAAUACCAGGCAGAACGGUGGCGCCGCAUCAAGGCACACCAGGAGCAGGACGACUACUACCUCAUGGAGAUUCGGGACUUCCUGAAUGGAGAGACAGAUGACUUCUCCCCUCACAGGUUGCGAAAGAUCGCCAAGGCGGCAGACUUUUUCGCCCUGGACGCUAGAGGCGUACUCUACUGA